AGUAGUAUUAUUUACUAAAUUGAUCACACACACAAUCUCAAUUAAUACUCUUUGCUCCACACACAUUUUCAAAAAUCGAAGUCCGAACAAUCAAGAAGAUGAAUAUGAAGAAGAUGAUGAUGGGUUUGUUGUUGUUGUUGUUGCAUAAUUUAGCAAAGAGUGCAAGCUCCUCCCAUUGCAUAAGUAGCACCUCAUCAAAAUCCUUCGAGCGUUGCAUGACGCUCCCGACGCAGCAAGCCUCGAUCGCGUGGACGUAUCGCCCCCACAACGCGACCCUCGAGGUAGCCUUCUUCGGGAGCUUCAUCUCCCCCUCGGGGUGGGUGGGGUGGGGGAUAAACCCCACCUCUCCCGAGAUGACGGGGACUCGGGCCCUGGUGGCCUUCCCAGACCCCAACUCGGGGCAGCUCGUCCUCCUCCCCUACAUCCUCGACCCGACCGUGAAAUUCCAAAAAAGCCCCCUCCUCUCCCGGCCCCUCGACCUCCACCUCCUCUCCUCCUCCGCGGCCCUCUACGGCGGGCGCAUGGCCACCAUCCACAGCGGCGCCACCAUCCAAAUCUACGCCACCAUCAAACUCUCCCCAAACAGAACAAAACUCCACUUCACAUGGAACCGCGGCUUAUACGUCCAAGGCUACUCCCCCACCAUCCACCCCACCACCCUCAACGACCUCGCCUCCACCGCCACCAUCGACAUCCUCUCCGGAGCCGCCGCCAAAUCCUCAAGCCACCUCAAACCGCUCAAGCUCUCCCACGGCCUCCUCAACGCAAUCUCAUGGGGGUUCCUCCUCCCAGUAGGGGCCGUCUCGGCACGGUACCUCCGCCACUUUGAAUCCGUGGGGCCCGCGUGGUUCUACCUCCACGCGGGCGUCCAGAUCACGGGCGUGUUCCUAGGGACGGUGGGGUUCUCUAUAGGGGUCCGGCUCGGGGAGAUGUCGCCCGGGAGGGUGUACGGGCUGCACCGGAAGCUGGGGUUUGCGGCGUUCGUGCUCGGGUGGCUGCAGACGGUGGCGCUGGUGUUCAGGCCGAAGACGACGCAUAAGUUCAGGAAGUACUGGAAGUCGUAUCACCAUUUUGUGGGGUAUGCAUGCGUAGUGUUGGGAGUGGUGAACUGUUUUCAGGGAUUCCAGGUGAUGGGAGAGAGUGGGUCGUACGCGCUGCUGGGAUAUUCUCUGUGUUUGGCGACGUUGAUUGGAGUUUGCGUAGCGUUGGAGGUCAAUUCGUGGGUCGUUUUUUGUAGGAAAGCCAAGGAGGAGAAGAUUAAGAGAGAGGGGUUGUUUGGUAAUGUUGUUUCUGAUAAAACCACCGCUUCUUCCACCCGUGGAUGAAUCAUGAAUCAUGAAUCAAUCACUAUUUCUCUUUUCUUAA